UAGUGAGGACUAUCUAGUUUGGCCGGACUCAGAAGGUGGACUCGGGGUGUUCAUUAGGGUUCAGAGGGAGGAGGAAUUUGGGUUUCAGACAGAGGAUCGUUUGAGGAAACCCUUCUUUCUUGUCGAGCGGACGUUCGGUCGAUCGUCAAUUUGGUGGUCGCGCUCGCUCCCUCGUGAAUGCGACGGAUCUGCUAGUCGAUCGGGCUCCCCCUCGUGGUUCCUGGAAAAUGGCAGCAAUCGCGUUGCGCCAUGCGCAACGGACGCUGCGGCGCUCGUCCUCGGUUUCUUGCGCUUCUCUGCAUUCCCUUCUCUCGCCCGGAUCAGAACUGUCAAAUGGACCUCCCGUUCCCGGGCGACCUGUUGCCAUUGUGCCGUCAGGUUUGCAGCCUUCUUCGCGAUCAUCUGUAGCUGCCUACUCUUCAGCCAAAUCACUACCUUUUGAACCCACUGAUGUUGACUCCUACAACUAUGUCAUUAAGCAAUUAAACUACAGGAAACGAUUCUCUCUUGUUCGUGAUGUUUACGAGGACAUGCUGUUGGAUGGAGUCCAGCCACUUCGCGAUACCUUCUACCUUCUUAUCACUGGCGCUAUGCAAACUGUCCGGCUUCAGGACGUCAUGUUCUUCUUCGACGAGAUGAAGGCGAUGGGCAUCACACCAGAUGUAGCUAUGUACAACUGCAUAAUUGCUGCAUGUGGAAGGAGCCAGCAGGUCGAUCGCGCCUUUCAGGUAGCAGAAGAGAUGGAAGCAUUUGGAGUCCAACCCAAGCAUCGGACAUUCCUCGCUCUUCUGAGAGCCUGUGCUUUUGUCGGCCGAGUAGAGGAGGCGUACGGAGUGGUGAGGAGGAUGGCAACUCAUGGGUUCACUUUAGACAAGCACUGCUACGCUGCUUUGAUAACGGCUCACGCGAACAAGAUGCCUCGAAGUCCCGAUACCGUAGAAAAGAUCCUUGAGGUACUGGAGCAGUCAAAGGUUCCGCAAGCAGAGGAUAACAUGGCCGUUGCAGCCACAGGCGAGAUCGAACCUCGGGACGACGUCGAAGAAGGGUUCUUGAACUUCUUGCAGAAAGAUGAUGCACUAGUCAGACGCGGGUUCGUAAACCGCCGACUGACGGUUUAUCACGCUGCUAUCUCUGCUUUCCAGGAUUUGGGAAAUCGCGAGGCUGUAAAGAAGGUCCUACAUAUGAUUGAAAAGGACGGUCAUGGUAUAGAUGCAUAUAGCACAGUGCAGCUGAUCAAAUGCUACAUCAGUGAAGGAGACUUCCAAAAAGCUUGCCUAGAAUAUAACAAGUUUUUGGAAAUGGGAAGGAGACCGACGAUAGAGCUCUACCAGAUUUUGAUCGAUGGUGCCAUCACCCACCCAUCUCCCGCUAAUAGUGCUGUUGCUCAAAAGCUACUGGCCGAGUUGGUGCAGAAGAGCUUUUUCUUGAACAGCAAGGCCGGCGGCGAAAUUUUGAGCAAGGCCUGCCAGGACAAGACGAGGGACGUCGCAGUAGCGAACAUAAUCUGGGAUAUGAUGCAAGCUCGUCAAGUCAGGCUGCCGAUGAAGGUCAUCAUGGAUUACUACAAAGCGCUUGAUAGGAGUGGCACACCAAAGGACGACCCUCGAAUGGCAACGUUGGUAGCGUUGCUGGAUGAUAGCCGUCGUUAUGCCAGUGGUGCCCCAGACAGUAAGAUAAAUGUGCCAUCCGCAGAGCCGGACACGGAGCAAGAAACGUCAGCUUCAGAGCAAGUUGUUGCUCAAGAAGCGUCAGAAGAGCCUGCAGUUGCUGUUGAGGAAGGUCCAGGAGCUGAAGAGCCUACAGCUCAGAUCGAGGAUGCAAGUGAGGCAGGCACUCCACAGGCAGUACAACAGUGACGAGCAGACGAACGAGCAGACAGGCUCAAAACGAAGUUUUGAAGAUUUAGUCAAACGAAUCUACUCAUUUACUCUUAGAUUUGAAGUAGGAAAAACACUGCUGCACAAUAUCUUUAUCCAGGGAAUCAAACAGCAGUAAAUAUUCUCCAGUUGGUUCACGUUAGUCGGCCACUCAACCUGCUUUACUCCCGGUAUUGAGACUAGAGGCAGGACGUCGAAAUUCCAGCAACCAUGACACAUUCUUUGUAUAUAAAAGAGUUCUGAGAAGAGUAUGAAGGACCCUUGCGAGUCCAUUCGAGGCAGAGAAACGGUUAGUGCGCAAAGGUUGGCACUCUUUUUGGCGUAUUUUGAAAAAGAAUCGAGCUACUACAGCAGCUCGCUCGAGAUACGUAUGGCAUUGAUCAGUUAAUGCGCUGUGAUAGAUUGGAAGCGAAAGGUAGCAAUGUGUGGAUCACGCCAGUACGGAUAGUUUAUUGAGUCCUCUCAUUGAAACUGCGUACUGUGUCAGCCUGUGAAUGAAUAAUUGAAGAUACUUGUCCUCAACGCCGAAGUGCAUAAUAGCUUAUGAUGAUGACUGUGACUGCAGCAGCGCAACAUACACGUUUCCCUGUGAAUUCACAGAGCCUCCAUGGGUGGGAGGGAGAACAAGAACCGAUGUUAAUGCAUGUGCAUUCACUAUCAAUUAUGCCGUGCAUGUAGUUGGUACUGUCAACAAUGCACGGGAGGAAUCACGAAGAAC